GUAAAGGUGAAAAAGUGAAAAAACGAAGCAGGCAGAAGUUUGUUUUUUGUAAGAAAAAGCAAUACUUUUAUAUCGAUUCCAAAUUGAACAGUGUUCUGAAUUUUCGGUACUUUUAUUAAAUUUGGCGUUUAUAGCAAUAGAAAAUUGUGCAUCAUCGGAAUCAGAGCAUGAAAAUGAAGAUGCCAGAUAUUAAUAUUGGUGGCGGCAGCUCAAACAAUGGCUAUUCAACAAACGGCAACUACAGCGACAACUACGAUUCGGACCCAGAGGGCUACAUUACGCCUCCGGACGAGGAUAGCUCAGUAGGUGGACCGAACUACGAUGAGGAUUUUUCCGAAUACAUGUGGAUGGAGAAUGAGGAAGAGUUCGAUAAACAAGAGAUGCAACGAUUGGAGGAGGAAGCUCUGAUGGAACAGUGCAUCGAAGCAAUGCUUCGUGAUGAGCUUGAGGCGCAAGAGAACGAGGACGAGGAAAUUAAUCAGCUUCAGAAUGAUUCCACAAAAGUACCGGAAAGUUCGAACAGUUUGUGCAGCGCGCUGUCUUCGCUACAAGUUAAUAAAGAACGAAAGGUCGAUGUUGAAAUGUCUACGUUGAAUCCCCUGGCAGUAGAAUUUGUGCCAUUAAAAGUUCCACCAACUUUUACUUAGGCGGCAACUAGGAUCUCACUCCAACAGACACACAUACUCGAGGUAGGCCAAACGUAAAGAAUACUCAAGUUGCGUACAAAAAAAAAAGGAAACAGGAGCAAGCACACCAUUGUUACAUUGCACUUACUUUUCUGUGAAAAGUAACGUUGAGUAUUGUUGCGAGGAUUUACGAUUAACGGAACACUGAACGGAUUACGAAAGAUCGCACGAAAGUAUGUACAUGCAUUAAGGGAAAAUUGAACAUUAUAUUGGAUGGCGUAUGCUUACAACAAUUAUUAAGCUUUUUGAGUUCGCUCUGCUGAUGACUCGAGAUUAAGUGAUCACAAAAAAAAACAAGCAAACGAUAUACAACCAAAUUCUUAUUUUAGAAGUUGAUUGUGACUAAAACGAUAAAAAAAGUCCAGAAUAGGCAAUUAAAUUUGUGAUAGUUGUUUUUUGGUAACUUGUAAAGUUUGAUUAUUUUUCAAUCAGAAUAUUAUACAACGAAUUCAAUUUUUUCAAAUAAAAAUACUUGGCACUGCUAUUUUUGAAAACUAAAAACACUAAGAAUAGUGAGCAAAAUUAAUUUUUCGCAUAUAACAUACAUGCUGACACUGAUGGACACAAUUUCUUCUGUUUGCAAUAUGUGUUGGUCAGUGAUAAAGGGUUUAUUUGUUUAUUAAAGUUCUAGCUAAAUUUUUUGUGUUUGAGAAAAUUUAAGCAACCAACACUUUUAUUCAGAAACAACUGUUGAAGAUCUAGUGCUCUAUGGGGUAGGUUCAGACACAUAUCUUUGAAUGUAUAGUUCUUUGUCAAAGCUACUUACUAACUGCGAUUUCAUCAAAAAUUGACCUACUGUUUUGUUUAUGGAACUUGAUUGAAGACAUAAUAUUACGGAAUCAGUUUGGCGGCAAUUGUAAUAGAAACGAGAUACUGUAAUGAAUUAGUGCAAAACAUAGUUCCUUAGUUCAGUAAUAAAUAGAUAAAUAUCAUUUGCCGGAUACAGUAGCGCUCAGACAGGUUCAAAUUGUUAUUGCAGUUGCAACUAAUAUUGUAACCUAGUAUCCUUACAGUUAGCAGAGCAUAAAAAAUGAAAAAAAAAGUGCAUAAAACGAACUAAAACUUAAAAAUGCUGUUACUCUACUGAUUUGAAAGUGUCAAAUAGGACAUGUCCGUUUUGUUUACCUAUAGAAUGUUUCCUAAGAGCCGGUAGUUGGCGAUUCGCAUAGAGAAGUUUCAUAGGAGCUUAAACCGCUAGCUGGGAACAAAGCAAUGAUUGAUGGCAAGCUUGAAACAAUAUUAAUAGGGGGAUUGUGGAACUGGAAAAUAAUGUAUCAAUCUGUGAUACGUAGCUUCUACGUUAUCUUGCGAAAUGUACACUGUAUUUUUUCUCUUAUUUCUUAUAUUUUGUAAUUGGAUGAAACAUUUAUUAUUCAAAGAACACUCACGGUAAUAUAUAAAGAAAACCCAUAAUGAGAGAAUUAAUUAAUAAAAUCCUGUACUUGCAUUUAAAACGAAGAAGUGAAGUAUCCAAUUUUAGUCCUUCCUGUUUUAUAGUUGUGAUUUUUUUUUAUUUAUUUACUAAGUAAGAUAGCAGCGCAAAAAUACAUUUUAUUGUAAGAAAAGUGAGUUCAAACAUAAGUAUCAAACGUGUGAUAGUAAAAAUAAAAUCGUAUGAAAAUCAUACAA